CUGCAGCGCGCACGAUGGGCAUUUCCGUCCUGAAAUCCAAUAUCAUUGCUUAUGCGAUAUAACGUUACAGCGCUCCAACAUGUUAGUGCGAACGCCAGAUCUCGAGCUGAGAAUCGAGCUGAAUGCUAGCGCAACACGUGGCAAAUCUCUGGCUCUCGAUAUCUGAUCUCAACUCAAGUUUGAAUUUUGCGUCGAUGAACUCAACGCAGAAUGAUUGUGAAGGUUACAUCUCGCAGCAAUUUAGCUUCUCCGGCCACUUUAGCGCACUCUACAUGUGUACGAUCUAACGACGAUGGCACUAUCGCCCCACGCAGAUGUGGGCAUGCGAGAUUUCUCGAUCACCCAUCAUGACGGUAUAUAAGGCGUGCAGUCGCCUUCUGGAAUUGCUUUUGAAUGAUUCGGUCACCGAAACCGAACAUGCGCGCCUCUGUUCUCGCUCUCGGCGUCGCUGCCACGUUGGCAGCUCCUGCGAUCGCAGCACGAGAGGUCUUUGCCCAUUAUAUGAUGGGUAAUGUGUAUUCGUACACACAACAGGAUUUCACGAACGACAUUGCGAAAGCUCAUGCAAGUGGUAUCGACGGAUUUGGUCUGAACAUUGGCAGCACCAGCUACACUGACAGAGCUCUGCGGGCCUUCUUCAAUGCUGCUGAAGCAUUUAAUUCUGCGAAUGGCGCCAAUUUUCGGAGUUUCGUGUCCUUCGAUUACGGUGCUUAUCCAGGAUGGACGCAUGACCAAGUGAUUGGUAACAUCACCAGCUACUCUAGCUUGAAGUCUUACUUCAAACUUAACGGGAAGCCUUGGGCGUCUACAUUCUCUGGCGAUAGCUCAGCUGGGGAUUGGUCGAGCAUUAAAUCCGCGACCAAUGCCUUUUUCAUUCCCAACUACCAGCCUGGGGCCGGAUCGAGCGUCGCCGAUGGCUACCUAUCUUGGGUGGCCUGGCCUGAUCAUACUGCAACGGUGCCCAAUCAGGACAGCAACUACAAGAACACUGGCAAGCCGUACAUGAUGCCAGUCUCUCCUUGGUUCUAUGCCGAUACCUAUGGCAAGAACUGGCUCUGGAACACUGACCAGCUGUGGCCUUCAAGAUGGCAGCAGGUCUACCAAUACAACCCGGACUAUGUUGAGCUUCUGACAUGGAAUGACUGGGGAGAGUCACACUACCUGGGCCCUCUGUCGCAGUACGCCGGUGCAUACCCGACGGGCUCUGAAGUCUACACUUACAACCCAAAGAUCGUGCAUGAUGCAUGGCUGAACGAUCUUCCUUACUACAUUGCCAAGUAUAAGAAUGGAGGCGCCGAGCCGAGCAACUACAAUGAGCACGUCACGUUCUGGUACCGUCUCAACCCCAAGAAUACCUGCAGCGCUGGCGGUACGACUUGCAACCCUCCUCCGCAGUUCGGUGGCAACACCGGGACCUAUCCCGCCACCGAUUGCGCCAGAGAUCAGGUCAAUUUCACCGUCUUCACGACUGGCCAGGCCGUGGUCACGGUCACUAUUGGAGGCACUUCGACAACUGUGACUGCCAAUAGCCCUGGUCUUUUCACUAGUAGCGUGCCUUUCAACGGCAAUACUGGUGCCGUGUCGAUUAUUGUGCGCACGAACGGUCGGACUUACUCACAGAAAGGUCCAAACAUCACUUCGGACUGCUCUGUAUCUGCGAAUCAUGUUGACUGGAACGCAUGGGUCGGUGCAGCACCAUAGAUCAUCUAAAGUAAAAGCACCUGCAGUCCCUCUAGUCUGCGGCUGUGUUCUUAGCGAUCUAGCAUAAGUCAGACUGAUGCUUUCUACAUUGUGUACGUAGCCCAAGUAGAAGCUUUUAUCUGAGAAAAUUAUAGCAACAG